AUGAAGUUCGUGCAGUCCGCCACCCUGGCGUUCGCCGCCACGGCCCUCGCUGCGCCCUCGCGCACGACUCCCCAGAAGCCCCGCCAGGCCUCGGCGGGCUGCGCGUCGGCCGUGACGCUCGAUGCCAGCACCAACGUGUUCCAGCAGUACACGCUGCACCCCAACAACUUCUACCGUGCCGAGGUCGAGGCUGCCGCCGAGGCCAUCUCCGACUCGGCGCUGGCCGAGAAGGCCCGCAAGGUCGCCGACGUCGGUACCUUCCUGUGGCUCGACACCAUCGAGAACAUUGGCCGGCUGGAGCCCGCGCUCGAGGACGUGCCCUGCGAGAACAUCGUGGGUCUCGUCAUCUACGACCUCCCGGGCCGUGACUGCGCGGCCAAGGCCUCCAACGGCGAGCUCAAGGUCGGCGAGCUCGACAGGUACAAGACCGAGUACAUCGACAAGAUCGCCGAGAUCCUCAAGGCCCACUCCAACACGGCCUUCGCCCUCGUCAUCGAGCCCGACUCGCUCCCCAACCUGGUCACCAAUAGCGACCUGCAGACGUGCCAGCAGAGCGCUUCCGGCUACCGCGAGGGUGUCGCCUAUGCCCUCAAGCAGCUCAACCUCCCCAACGUGGUCAUGUACAUCGAUGCCGGCCACGGUGGCUGGCUCGGCUGGGACGCCAACCUCAAGCCCGGCGCCCAGGAGCUCGCCAGCGUCUACAAGUCUGCUGGUUCGCCCUCGCAAGUCCGCGGUAUCUCCACCAACGUGGCUGGUUGGAACGCCUGGGACCAGGAGCCCGGUGAGUUCUCGGACGCCUCGGAUGCCCAGUACAACAAGUGCCAGAACGAGAAGAUCUACAUCAACACCUUUGGCGCUGAGCUCAAGUCUGCCGGCAUGCCCAACCACGCCAUCAUCGACACUGGCCGCAACGGUGUCACCGGUCUCCGCGACGAGUGGGGUGACUGGUGCAACGUCAACGGCGCCGGCUUCGGUGUGCGCCCGACUGCCAACACUGGCGACGAGCUCGCCGACGCCUUCGUGUGGGUCAAGCCCGGUGGCGAGUCCGACGGCACCAGCGACUCGUCGGCGGCGCGCUACGACAGCUUCUGCGGCAAGCCCGACGCCUUCAAGCCCAGCCCCGAGGCCGGUACCUGGAACCAGGCCUACUUCGAGAUGCUCCUCAAGAACGCCAACCCGUCCUUCUAA